AUGGAACCAAGAAACCAAACACGUGCUUCAGAGUUUAUCCUCCUGGGACUCUCAGAAGAGGCAGAAGUGCAGCCCCUCCUCUUUGGUUUGUUCCUGUCCAUGUACCUGGUCACCUUUAUGGGGAAUCUGCUCAUCAUCCUGAUCAUUGUCACUGACUCACGCCUGCACACACCCAUGUACUUCUUCCUCUCCAACCUCUCCUUUGCCGACAUUUGUUUCACCUCCACCACGGUCCCAAAGAUGCUGCUGAACAUCCAGCUGCAAUCUAAAACCAUAAGCUAUGAAGGCUGCCUCAGCCAGAUAUUUUUUUUUAUGGUUUUUGGAAGAUUGGACAAUUUUCUCUUGACAGUGAUGGCCUAUGACCGAUUUGUGGCCAUCUGCCACCCACUGCACUACACGGUCUUUAUGAACCCCAAAUUAUGUGGCCUCUUGCUUUUAGAAUCUUAUAUAUUAAGCAUUCUGGAUUCUCUGCUACAUGAUUUAAUGAUUCUGAGGCUGUCUUUUUGUAUAGAGUUAGAAAUCCCCCACUUUUUCUGUGAACUUAAUCAGGUGGUCCAUCUGGCUUGUUCGGACACCUUCCUCAAUGAUCUAAUGCUGUACAUUACAAAUGGGUUUCUGGUUAUUAUUCCACUCAUCGGAAUCAUCUUCUCAUACUCCAAGAUCGUAUCCUCCAUUUUGAGAAUUACAUCAGCGGGGGGCAAGUAUAAAGCCUUUUCCACUUGCGGCUCUCACCUUUCCGUCGUUUUCUUGUUCUAUGGGACAUUUCUUGGGGUGUAUCUUAGCGCUGCUGCCACUCAAAACUCCAGGAAAAUUGCAAUUGCCUCAGUGAUGUACACUGUGAUCACACCCAUGCUGAACCCCUUUAUCUAUAGUCUUAGAAAUAAGGACAUAAAGCAAGCCCUAAAAAAACUCUUCAGCUGCAAACCAUUAUCUCCCUGA